AUGGGCUUCCCCUCCAGGCGCUCGCUGCCCAGCACGAUCGUUAGGACUGAAGACGCACCGCCAGCUCCGGUCAGCACCACAGCUGGCAGCGGCGCCAUGGCUGGGUCAGGGUUCAUGAACUUCUCCAGGACGAUCCUUCUUCCUCUGUUCAUUUCUCUCGCUCUCUACCUCCUGGCGUUCCACGUCUUACUGCCUCUCUAUCGCCGUCACCGAGCCCGAUAUUCCCAGUACCUCCCUUUACCACUCCAAUCCGUACAGUCCGCCUCUAUUUCUCUCUCCACCCGCCUUUUCCACUCAAUGAUCCCUGCUUCCGCACGCUUCAUACUACCAGCAGUCUUCGCCCGUUUCUUCGUUCCCUCAGCAUGGUCAUACCGCCCCACGCGAGGCCGGUCAAACAGCAUUGUCAGCGCCGAUGAGGGCACUCUCUUUGAUGAAGAAUCUGGUGAGGCGAUGGUGGGAUUCGACGCCCAGGAACGGAGCCGGAGACGGGAUGCCAUGGAGAGGCAAGUUUCCAACAUGGAUGCUGCCACCAGGACUGUGAGUCGCAGUGGUGGUAUCGGAGGGGUACCCAACUCGGAUUCGGAUCGACGACUAAGUCGAGACUUAGAGGAAGGAUUCCGUGAUGAUUCUGACGAGGAUGACGAGGAUGAUCAGGUCGUGGUCGGGAGGAGGAGUAGCAGUGCUCGGACAUGA